GAGAGAGAGCAGGGCAAUAAUUUAUUGAUAUCGUCUUCUAUUUUUCAUAUGUCCUUGCUUGUUAAACUUCCUUGAAUAACAAGAAAGUUACAGAAAAAGCAACUCACGAAGGCGCUAUAUCCCGUUUUUUUAUUUCGCCAGCUCAGUAAUCAAGAAUUAAAAUUUAUGGCAACCUUCGCUACGUUGGAGCGAGUAGUUCCAGCCGCGGAGAGUAAAUCUCCUGCUCAAGUCCAAAAACCUUCUACUCCAACAUCUUCAACGCAGCAAAAUAAGUUUACCGCCGAGGAUCUGUUCAAUUACUUGUAUGGCUAUACACCCAUCCGUCUUGUUGAUCCCAUACAACUACUUCGACGGCAAGUGGAAAAUGGAGCGACCAACAAACACACGAUGUCUUGCUUAUAAUUAUUUUGAUCUCGUGUAGAAGUUACAAAUAUAUUGCUUGAUACUAAUUUCAUCGUGGGUUGUGAAAAUACUGCUUAAAUAAUAAGUAACAGAGUAGCCGAACUGCAGCUAGUGGAUGUAGUGAGUUUAAGUUGAGAUUCUGAGGUUGCACUUUGAAAGAAAUUUAAAUAUUUACAAUUUCCAGAACUUGUCGUUGACUGAGUGACUUUCCAUGUCGUUAAUGUUAAUUAUGAAACUGCGGUUUGGUUAGCAGCUUAUGUGGCAUUUCCUCUUUCCAGCGUAAAAUAUUACUACUUUCUGGCGGUUUUUACAUGUAAGUGGUUUUAAACAAACAAGACAUUAGCUUUUAACUCUUUGUGAUUUUACUGUCUCCUAAUUAAUGAAAAUAAACUCGCCAUGCUUGAAGCUAAGAGAAAGACGAGUCAGGUGUUGGCAACUGUUUUUAACCGUUUCAAGGUAAAAAAUGCGAGCAAUAUCUGAACUCUGACGAAUCAAGAAGAAGUUAUUUAUAAAAAGUCAGUUACCACGUGCGGCCCUGGCUGAUGCACAUGCGCUAUACGUCAAUAUCAGCCACCAAGAGAGAAUGCUUAUAAAUCCUACAGAUUUACCUGUUUUGAGCCUUUAACGAAGUAUAUCUGAUUUUCGCCGUGUUUUGAUUAAGUGCCGGGCAAUCUCCUUUUGUACGGUAAUCGAUUCUUUCUUAAUUUUAGCUAAAGUGAUUUUCCGCGAAUAUAAACACAUCUAAACUUUACCCUCUAAUGAGCUUUAUCGUAAUACUUUCUCUAAUUCCUGCCGGUUCCGCUGUCACUUUUUUACAAUUCAAUGUUCAUCAUUUUCAUCGUGGAAAAUCAUAUUCCUUUUAAUUCCUUUGGUGCUGUAAAAUAGCCCACGAGUGCAAGGAAAAAAUUAAACCACAUUGUUUCAUUCAGUGAACAUUGUUUCAAAGUCUUAUUAAAUAUUUAUUUUUUACAAAGUGUAAAUUACACUAAAAACUUGUCAGUCAGUUAAGGAACUCUGAACGUGCCAAAAUGAUACUUUUUUUGUUGAAAUCGACCAGAAGUAACCAAAGAGAACCCUAAAACCUAAGUAAAUAAGAAAAAUGCAAUUCCUCUUUGCUACUUGAAGACCAAAUAAAUUUUUUGUUUCAUGAAUGACAAAAUCAUGUCAAAUGUCCAAAUUACCUUUCGUUCAUAAGGAAAGAAGGUGUAGAACAAGAAAUGAUUAUUUGUCCACUAAAAGUUGUUUCUCAAUAACUUACAAGGCAAACAACCUGCUAAGAUGGGCUGACAUUUCCUGAAAUAGAAAAAUAACAAGUUCGAAAAACACCUACUGUCAACGGGUGCUUUAGGAAUGCCGAGUUUCAAACAUUUUCAAAGUCACGUUCUCCAUUCGGAUCGAAAAGGACUCAACUUUCAAUACACCUCAGUAGGUUAUAAUUACUUUUACACAUGGGUUUAAAGUAACUAUGUUGUUUUUUCAUGCAGAUGAGGGCGAAGAAAAGAAUUUUACCUCAAAAAGACAAGCAAACGUUUUCAAUUUUUGUCAGGUGUUUGUUAAGCAAACUUAAGGCGCGGUUUUUGAGCGACGCACGCCAAGCGUGAGGUCUUGUGCCUUUCGAUAAGCCUUGACGCUCUCAAAUUUGUAUUGCUAAGUGUCUUAACUCUUAUAGAGAAGAUUUCCUCUAGAUUUGGUACAAACAAAAAAUUGGCCUUUGCCUAACAUCCUACUGGCUACCACUAAAAAGGACUGAAGUAGACCUUCGCCUUCUUCGAAAAUUCACUUCAAACUACUACCAGCAGAAGGAGUAGUUCUUGCGGCAGAAACCUUAACCAAAGUAUAUCGGCAUACACAAUGACUUUCAUACUUCUUGAUCUCGUCGAUUGUUCAUGACUCGGCCGCUGUUGAUAUGACCAAAAAAAUCAUUAUCAUUAUUAUUUGCUUUUUAGGGUGCGAUAUUUGCAACGAGAAACACGAUGGAGAAUGUCCAAUGCACGGUCCUUUACACUCUUUAAGAAAACUGGUAAACGCCGGCCAGUCCCACAGUCCUUUGGAAAACGGCUCUAUUCUUAAAUUCCCGGAUGAGGUUUGCUUGUGCACUUCCAGUAUUCCUUGCGUUAGUUACGGAGUGUGCGCCAGAAAACGGAUUCCUGCGGGAACCUGGAUCGGGCCAUACGAGGGUAAACUGGUACGCCCAGAAGACAUCAAAGUUGAAACCGAGACGGAAUACAUGUGGGAGGUAGGAACUUCGAUUUUAAGUACAUAUAAAACACUAUGCGUGAAUAGCCUAGAAUCAGCGCGUCUCGGCAUAAACUAUAAGGUCCAGGGUUGUGUCCAGAGAAAAACCGACGAAACGUUCUCUGCGAAGACCAACAUAGAACGGAUACCUCUAUAUUAUGCAAAGCUCUCUUGAUCCCAAAGUAAGUUAGACAUGCAGUCCUUACGUCUAUAUAUAAAACGGACACUUUUGUAACGCGAUCACGUGGCGUUGUCGUUUUGGUGCGCGCUUGUAUCAAGGAGAUUUGACUGUGCUGCUUAUUAUCUCAGGUUUUCUGCGAUCUAUAGUCGCACUUGAUCAUAAGCAAGGUUGCCGAGCAACAAUUAAUGCGACACAAAUGAUAAUUGCAUCUACGAAACUCGAGUCAGUGGGUGUAUGUCGGCUGGCUCCGAACCAAUCAGAAUCAGCGAAGUUCCCUCAGAGAUCACACAGGGGCACCCAAUGGAUCUGUUCCUCAAAAUAUCUGUUCUUCAGGCACAUUUUUGCUGGCUGGGAGAUGUGGAAGAAAUAAUAGUCCUUGGAAGGAAAGUGUUGCUGGGAAAAAGAUAAUUCAGGGUGUCAGAGGAGAUUUGAAGUCUAGAAUAGCUGCUACGGGUUACUUGUAUGGGUUACUUACCACUCAAGAUCUGAAUUGUGCCCUAUGAAACUUCCCAGUAAGUCAGGUUGCAGGUUGUAAGGUUGCUGGCUGGGAACUCUUUCAUCAGUCUUGCUGGGAGUGAGGAACAGAUAAUUUUUUUCCAGCAAUCUCCCAAAUUGCUUAAAAUAGUCUCAGAAAACUUUAUUCACGCUUUGUUGUUGUUUUUGGGUCUUUUUCUCAAAAUUUCCCGUUGGGUGCCCCUGAUCACAGCAAAUUGUAACAUUUUCUUUCCAUCCCAGGUCUUCCACGAUGGUCAAGUCAGUCAUUACCUCGACGGAAAAGACGAAGCUAAUUCCAGUUGGAUGAGAUUUGUUCGUUGCGCUCGGCACAAGAAAGAACAGAACAUGGUGGUGUUCCAGUACCAUGGCUGUGUAUACUACAGGACAAUCAGGGAGAUCCUUCCGGGGCAAGAGCUACUUGUGUGGUACGAUACCAGAUACUCACAGUUUAUGGGGGUGCCUGUGGCACUCAGUGACUCGGGAAGUAGAGGUAAGGAUGUUCUCAGAAAUGUUAAAAAUAUAGUUAUUUGCUCCAAAAUUUAAUUUCAUAAUCAUCUUCAACAAACUAAGUCAUGAUAAAAGAUAAGCUCAGUAGGUAAACUAGUACUUAGACACACCACAUAUUUGAUAAGACAUUUACUUCGCCGUAUCUAUCAGUUUUAUUUCACUCAAGAUUAACGCAGGAAGAGCCUUUGCUUGGGCUUAAGACUUGGAGACAAUCCUUUCUUUCUCUUUAAUUAGCUUUCCUGCUAUAAAAUAAAGAAUUUUAUAAAGCAACAAAUGUCAAUUUUGUAAUAGAUUUGGAUUAAAAUUUUUCAUUUCUCAAGCUGAUCUGUCGACGUUUUUACUGAACCAACUGAUUAAAUGUUUUUUUUAUAUAUACGAAAAGGUGUACAUCCACCACGAGAUCUCGUUGCACAAGAGAGGUCACGUGCAAGGGCUGAAAAAAACGAGUCAUUUGAAUCAGCGGUGCGAAGAAACUUCACAGAUCAUGCGCCAGCACAAAGGGGCCGCCCACCUUUGAGGAGGACUGAGUCUGAGCCAAUCAAACCGGAUAACGACCACGGAGUCUUAAGGGAGGACAGACGACCGACCUCGUAUCGAGGAAGAGGAUACGGAUACAAACAACAAACGCGAACGUCUUCAAGAUUUGAUCCAGCAGAUGACUUCACAUGGAGAUGUAAUCAGUGUUUUAAGGCAUUCACAAACCGCGAACAACUUGAGGUGCAUCAGUGUAAUGGUAUAAGCAGCGGGAAGAAUUUAACGUGCACUCAGUGCAGCCAGUCCUUUGCUCAUCCAUUUGAAUACCGCAAUCACAUGGAAACACACGUCAAUGAGAGACCUUUCCGGUGUGGCUACUGCGCAAGUGCAUUCGCGAGCGCGGCCUUACUGAACCAGCACGUACGAGUCCAUAUGACAGAGGGGAGUCUGGGUAUCUUGAAGCCUUCACCGCGACAUGAUAGAGCCGCCCAAGAAUUCCACUUUUAAGAGAACGCUUACACUUAAAAACCGGCUGUAAAUUAAGUACUAGAGAAGAAUUCCUUUUGGUACAAAAUAGCGACUGUUGGCUCGAAAUGUUUUACCACCGGCUACAAAUGAUUCUCCAAAGCGAUUGUUUAAUUUUAGUAGUUCGAUAAGAAUUAACGUCCAAUGAGCUUGCAGUUUUUAAUGAAAAACAUGCAGGUGAUGCCAGACGUUCAGUGAUGAUUUUUACAUGUAAUAAUUGACUUAGUUUUGCACCUCGACUCUUUAAAUAUCAGUGGCUCAGUGGCACGUAUUAUUUUUCUUAACAAAGACAUGCAGUUCCAAAAAAAUACAAACAAAAGAAAAACAUUUUAACUAAGCGUACGUAGAAUGAGUUUCAAGUGUAGAACCCUUUUCUAGUGACCAUGAUGCAUGUCGGGACUCUUUCCUAUCUAGAUCGGACAUGUCGUGUAUUAAGAGAGCAUUAUUGAUAACUCACAUAUUAAAAGCAACCCUAAUAAUAAUAGUAAUAAUAAUAAUAAUAAUCCUCUCUUAUGUGCAUUCAUUCAUAGGUGGAUUAUCCCAGGGGCAUCCCCUUUGGCUGUGAUUUUUAUACAUUACGUUUUUUUUUAAUUUUCCAAGUUUGUUGUGGCUAUGGGCCGAGGCUGCAUUCUU